UUUCCGUAAAACUUCCUACUUUCACUUCCUCUAAAAUGGUGGAAAGAGUUACACCGUAUAAAGUUUCUAUUUUGCUCGACGGUUAUGGCUACACAGACGAAGACAACAGGUAUAGAGCUGAUGGAACAAGUACGUUAAUCACCGGGCCUAAUAUAACAAUAAUCGUUGACACGGGAAGCCCGAGGGAUAAACAGCGUCUUCUUGAUAAACUGAAGCAAUUCGGCCUUGCCCCCGAAGAUGUUAACUUUGUAGUCUGCACUCACGGCCAUGUAGAUCACGUUGGAAAUUUAAACCUGUUCCCGAAUGCUGUCCAAAUGGUUUCUCAUGAUAUAUUGCAAGAGCAGGAUUAUUACGCCGAUCUUCCCGAAAAUUUCGACAAAGGAACACCGUAUUGUAUUGAUGACGAAACGGUCCAAGUUAUUUCUACUCCAGGACAUACGUUCUCAGAUGUAAGCGUUGUUGUAAGAGACACAGAAUAUGGAACAGUCAUUGUCUGUGGGGAUCUAUUUGAACAUGAAGAUGAUGAAAGUGUUUGGGAAGAAUACAGCGAAUGCCCUGAGAAACACAAAAAAAGUAGGGCUAAAGUGUUAGAGAUAGCAGACUGGAUUAUUCCGGGCCAUGGGAAAAUGUUUAAGGUGAACAAACCGAAACUAUGAAGGGCGAAGGUAGCUGACAAGCCGUGGCGGGGGAUGGGGGGUACUUUCAUAUAAUACUAAAUAGGCUAGUGGAGAUGUGCUGCUAGAUGGGUUGCAUUUUUCAUGUCUGGAAAGACAGAACGGGACUUGUUGGAAUUGUAAAAAUUACAUUUGCCCAAAAGUAAUUGGCCACAAAAUAGUUAGAGCUAGAGACCAGUGGCACAUACCCAGAGAAAAAUUUUCCCUAUGCUCCCCCCACCCUUUGCAGAGGCAAAUAUAGCUACCAAGCCUGUGAAAUUGGUGAAAAAAAGAGGAUAAAAUCUAAAGAAAGAUAUUAAUCAUAAAUUGAUAUAACUAACAGUAGUAGAGAAAAGAUGCUUGCCCUGCUUUCUGACUCCCAAGAAAUGCAUUCUACUUCAUUCUGAUGUGUAAGAUGUGCAAGUGGCUUCAAAACUGUAUGCCAAGCAUCCAAAAGGGUGCCAUUUGAAAGCUUGGGUGGACUCUGGGGAUUUAUCUUGAAGAUGUACUGUUUGCUUGUUUCUACAAGAAUAAACAGUUGUUACAACUUAUUGCUAUGUUGCUGAGGCUUCAUUGUUCAAAUUUGAGUAGAAAGUAUUUUGUAAUCCUUCCUUCAACAUGUUACUACAUCUAAGAUUCUCUGAUUUUACACCUGUUCACAAAAAAUUUGACGAUAUCAGUGUAGGCUCUCAAAUAUCACCACACUGUUUUAAGUUUAAAUUAAAUGAAAUUCAGGUUUGCUAGUGAUGGAAAUAGGAAAGUAGCAGUGAUAAAUAC